AUGAUGCUCCAAAACUUUCCGCUUCUUGGGUAUCUGCUCCUUUCGAGCUGUGUGGCAUCGUCUGUAUUACCACGUGCUGGCGACGAUGCCGGUGGUCACAACUGGAUCGACCACGACAAGGUUGUGCCUUUCACACAAAAUGCCUCCCCUGGAUUCGAUGGCCAGCUUGAACUUCGUUUCAACCCCAAUCUCUACGUCUCGGGAGGCUGCGACCCUUACGCAGCUGUAGAUAGUAGCGGAAAUCUUGGUGCCGGCUUGAGACCGACCGGGGGUGGAAGAGACGGCUGUGGCGAUGGCAAAGGCGGUCAAGUGUACGUCCGACGCGGUGUCAGCCAGGACCGAGUGGGCAUAAUGUACAGCUACUAUUUUCCCAAAGUUCGGUGGGCAAAAGGUGACAACAACGGCCACAAACAUUAUUGGGCUAGUAUUGUUGUUUGGAUCAACCGCUGGGGAUGCGAUGUUGACGAUGCGACCUCGGCCUGGCCAGUUGGAGUCUCAUUCACCACUGACCACCUGAAAUGGGGCGUUGCAAAAGCUGGCGAUAUCACAUUCAAGUCUUCUGGCGUUGGCGUUGAUAUGCCCACCCGUCCCCAGAUACAAAUUCACGACAAUGCCAUGGCACCUUUCACAGGCGCCGAUGGGGACAAGGUUUAUGGGAGGGACGUCAUUGGGUGGAAAUCCCUUCCCGAUAGCGCUCUUCAAGCGCUAUCUGACGUUAAGUACGAAAAGACUGAGGUGCCGUUUGUCGACGCCAACUUCCAACGCCAGCUAGACGCCGCAUACCAAGAAAGCUUCUACGGCGGGCUUUCCGAUCAGCAAGGUUGUGUUGAGGAGGCCACACCAGCAGAGGAGUCACCGUCUCUGCCAACGGCGCAGGCUACAAACCCUGUGAGAUUGUAA